AUGAUCCCUAAUACAAUAUCUCACUUGUACCCCCAGGCGCACAAUCAUGGAGCUCGUCAUCGCUACCGUUUUGUAGUGAUGGUACUCGGGCGAUCGGGGCUGGGCAAGUCCACAUUUGUGGACUCUCUUUUUGCCCACAACUUCCAGAGAGAGCCUAUUGACAAGAAUGCCACCUCUCCUUAUAUUCGCACAGUCACGCAGGACAUGGAGGAACGUGGUGUAAAUCUCAAGCUAACGGUUGUGGACACACCCGGAUACGGCGACUUCAUCGACAACACAGGCGCACACAACUGCGCUAAGGCCUACGUGCAGAGCCAGUUCAAGCGUUUUCUCUCUCAGGAAAUGGCGCCAAAACGAGGUCGUGUGUCGGAUACGCGAGUGCAUGCAUGCAUCUACUUCAUCUCUCCAAACGCUCGUGGACUGUCUCCGCUGGACAUCGCCACCAUGACAAGUCUACAGGAUAUGGUGAACAUAAUUCCCGUGAUCGGUAAAUCGGACACACUGACAGUCGAUGAGCGUCACAGCCUUAAGCUUGCCAUAAGCCGAGACCUCCAGAGAGCGGGCAUCAGGCCUUUCGAUCCGUAUGAGUUUGUACUGCCCGCGGACGAUAGCGAUGAUGACAGCGCCGAUGAAAGCCAAUCAGUGGCAGCGAAUGAGGCGAAUGGGGGCGAAAAAGAGGACUACAAACAACACAUCCCAUUCGCCAUUACAUCGUCUCGUGACAAGUACGAGCUCAACGGACGGACGGUACGGGGUCGUAAAUACGAAUGGGGAAUGGUGGAAAUGGACAACGAAUCCCAUUCAGACUUCAUCCAUCUGCGAAAUUUGAUACUGCGGCAACAUAUGAACGAUCUCAUCACCACGACUAACUACAUACACUACGAGAAGUAUAGAGAGUUGGUAUUGAGCAAAGCUCUGGGUAAGAGCACCAUCUCCACCCCCGCACCCACUCCGCAGAAACGGGCCAUGGUCCGAAGUGGGAAUGAAUAGGUGCACAGUUAUAUUUUUAGAUCUGCACGGUUCUAUUUUUAGAUCAGCUCGUACAGCUGACUAGCUUCACAUCGGGGCUUCCUUCCACACUCAGUAUUUACAUAUGCCGUGAGAACGAGUGCAAUCAUAUGAAGUGGAAUAGGGCAGAGAAAUGGGGUGCGGAUGAGCUUUCUGAGUAGAUUCUCGGGUGAGCUGGGUCCAGCUCGUUGGCGUACGAUAUAGGAUGGAAUACGUACGAUGAAACGGCUGUGUUGUUUAUACGGCAAUGUCAGAACAGCCCUUGUGGGGUGUUCGUGUGGUGGGGUGUUUGGUCUGUGAUGGGACUGUAGGCAAAUACAGUCGAUUUGGCCUGGAGGAAUUUGUGACAUUUAGCGUAAAAAUAGUACCAGCAGGCUAAUAGGACUGUUUUCUAGCUAGUAUCGGCUGAGACGGACGUUUACAUGAUAUUUACCCGAUACGAUAGGAAUAUUAUAAAUAGAUAUGCAUUGAAG